GUCGUUUAGAUCUGAACGCCGGAACCGGAAGUACAAGUGAUCAUAGUCAAGAAUUGCCGUCGCGACUCGAGGUUGCCAAAAGAGGUCUCCUAGUCGCUGUUCCUUAACCUUUUUUCUCUCCAUCAUGGCGGACGUCAAAAAAGUAGCGGAGAAAAAGACCCGAAAGGAACCAAAGGAUGCGUCCAAAAAUGUUAUGCGUGAAGUACGAAUUCGCAAACUCUGCCUUAACAUUUGCGUGGGAGAAUCCGGUGACAGACUAACGCGUGCUGCCAAGGUGUUGGAGCAGCUUACUGGACAACAGCCUGUCUUUUCUAAGGCCCGUUACACUGUACGUUCGUUUGGUAUUCGUCGUAAUGAAAAGAUUGCUGUUCACUGUACCGUAAGAGGAGCAAAAGCUGAGGAGAUACUUGAGCGUGGUCUGAAGGUACGUGAAUAUGAGUUACGCAAAGAAAACUUCUCUGGUACUGGAAACUUUGGUUUUGGUAUCCAAGAACAUAUCGACUUGGGUAUCAAGUAUGAUCCUAGCAUUGGUAUCUACGGUCUUGAUUUCUACGUCGUACUUGGACGUCCUGGUUUCAAUGUAGCUCACAGAAGAAGGAAGACUGGUAAAGUUGGCUUCCAACAUAGACUCACCAAGGAAGAUGCUAUGAAGUGGUUCCAACAGAAAUAUGACGGUAUCAUUCUGGCUGGUAAAAAGUAAUUUACUUUUCCUGUAUUUUGCUUUUGAACUACCUUAAUAAAAACAAAA